GAGUGAGUGUCUGUUUGAGAAGAAUGUAAGUUGUUUGAACAUAGGUCGUCACGUCACUUGGAUUUGCAAAAUUUGUUUCGUGAAACAUGUGCUCCGUGUGAAAAACAUUUAAUCUGUUAUUUGUUAAUGAAUUAGUGGUUUUUUAAUUGUUAUUUGUCUAGACUAAAAGUGAAAAUGUCAAUCUUUUGGAAAAAAAGAAAGAGGAAGGAAAUUUUGGAGGACAUGUGGUCUUUUACCUCAACCAGCACAUGUGAAGAACUAGCUCGACUGAUGGAGGAGGAGGACGAGAGAGGCCCCGAGGAGGGCCACCUCUUGGUCAGGAUCCAUGUCCCCGAACUUAACGUCCAAAAAUGCCUCCAAUUUCCUAGGGACCAAUUAGUCUGGGACGUCAAGCAACAGUGUCUGGCUGCGCUACCGAAGGAACUGAAAGAAAGCUUCAAUUAUGGCCUUUUUUGUCCUCCGGAUAAUGGCAGAGCAGGAAAGUUCCUGGACGAGGAACGACGCCUUGGAGAUUAUCCUUUUAAUGGUCCAGUGGGAUAUCUAGAGCUAAAAUACAAGAGAAGAGUCUACAAAAUGAUGUCGCUCGAUGAAAAGCAACUAAAAAGUCUGCAUACAAGAGCAAAUCUACGUCGUUUUAUAGACUACGUUCAAAACGGGCAGGUGGAAAAAAUUACCAAAAUAUGCUCCAAGGGUUUAGAUCCCAAUUUCCACUGCCAGGAAACCGGAGAAACUCCACUGACCAUAGCAACAGGCAUAAAGAAGCCAGCAAAAGUCCUAAUGGCAUUAGUAAACGGUGGUGCAUUACUGGACUAUAGGAAAAAAGACGGUUCGACAGCUUUACACCGUUCCGUAGAACAUCGAAGUUUAGAAGCCUUAAAAACUCUGUUAGAAUUAGGAGCCUCACCGAAUUAUAAAGACAAUAAAGGACUGACUCCCCUUUACUACACCAUUACCUUAGUUGUAGAUCCAACUUUUACAGAAACUUUACUACACGAUCAUGCUACCACAGGAGCCCAGGAUGCGCAAGGUUGGCAGGAAGUGCACCAGGCUUGUCGAACUGGUCUCCAAGCUCAUCUCGAACACCUCCUCUUUUACGGAGCUGACAUGAACGCCAAAAACGCGUCUGGGAAUACCCCGCUCCACGUUUGCGCAGUCAACGGCCAAGAAUCAUGUGCUCGACAGUUGCUGUUCCGAGGUGCGGACAGGCAAGCUCUGAACUACGCUAACCAGACACCUUGUCAAGUAGCCGUCAUCGCUGGGAACAUGGAGCUGGCUGAGAUUAUUCAAAAAUAUAAACAGGAAGAUGUUGAUAAAAGCCUGGGCGACACAAGCGACAUCAUCAGCGACAGUUCCGGAGUGGGUACCGCCAAUUCGGACACGACCAACUGCACCAUCUGGAUGCCUGGCAGCACCGUCGUCUGCAUAGAAUCCUAUACAUCGAAAGAAGAUGGUCAUAUCAGUAUAAGAGAAGGAGAUAUUAUAGAAGUCCUUGCUGCAACUGACGAUGGCUAUCUUGAGGGAAAAAUAAAGAGUGGUGGUGGCCGCACUGGUUACUUUCCAGCGUCGUGUGCUCAGGAAGUUCGCCUACGUCAUCACAACAUCCAAGCUCCGAUGAUGGUAGCGAAAGAUCCGAGACCUCCUAGCCAGACCAGCAGCCGAGUACUCGGUAGGAGGGAGAGCACCUCGAAGCAUUUUGCUACUGCUCCAAGAGCAACAAAGAAAUCAUUUGCAAACUUACCUGCUGAACCACGCACGGUGGUGCUUCAUAAAGGCAAGAAGGGAUUUGGAUUCAUUUUGCGUGGAGCCAAAGCCACCUCGCCCCUUAUGGAUUUAACCCCCUCAGACAAGUGUCCAGCUCUUCAGUAUCUCGAUGAUGUAGACCCUGGAGGCGUUGCAGAUAUUGCGGGACUCAAAAAGGGGGAUUUCCUACUCGAAAUAAAUAACGAAGAUGUUUCGUCGGCUUCACACGAACAUGUCGUAGAUCUUAUAAGAAAAUCUGGAGAUCUGGUUCAAAUGACGGUCAUGUCUCUGGGGCCCCCUGUUUGUGGGGUUCUUCCUAUGAGCAAAUCGACCAUUUUACCAGGAGGUACAAGCACUAUUCCUUUGAGUAGUCGAUUUGCUACCUUGCCGAGGAAAGCAGUAAACUAUGGCGGUACGUUGGGCAGGUCAACGCAGGCCCCGUUGCCACCCAGAAGAGAUCCAAAGACCACGCUCAGCGUUGGAAGAGCCAGAGCAAAGAGCAUGGUUGCGGGAUUAGGAGGAGAAAAAGAUGAGACUGAUGAUAUAACAAAAUCAAGUUCAGCGGAGUCGAUACACCAAUCCACUCCAGGUAGUACUUGUACCUCUACUCCGGUUCAACCCCGAACAGCGUCGAUCAGACAGAGACCUUCCUCUACUAGUCUUAAACAUUCUGUGUUAGAAGAACUGUUCCAGAAGCAGAAAGAGAGCAACGCCAUGAGCCAAAGCUCCUUGAUGAGCAGCUCCAGAUUCCAAUGCUCCAAUUCUUCAGGUUCGCCCAGCAAGGGCAGGGUAUAUGCCAGUGUCGCUGAGAUGAAAAGGAGUAAAAGCAAAAACCCCAAAGUGAAGUUCACAGAACUUUUCACCGGUGGAAAAGAACUGAAACGAACCUUCCACAGCACUCCUGAUUUGGUUCAAGAUGUAGCUUACAAUUGUCAAACGUUGCCGAGCAAAUUCCAUCGCAGUCAGGAGGAUAUUUCACUUUUACUGGGAAAUAGAAGUUUACCACCUCCGAGUCAUCCCCCACCACCGAUACCUUCUCAAGUGCAGCUCGUUAAGGUUGACGUUUCCAGAGGAAAACACUCAGAGUAUGAUCACUUGAAUAGGGAAAUCCCAGACGAAGGUAUCGUAUCUUCCUUUAAUCCAACAGCCAGUGCAAAAUUGUAUGCAUCUCCAGAAGAUAUGAAGACGGUCGGCUACAGAUCUAAAAGUUUGCCGUCUCAUACAUCUAAAACCCAAAUCAGAAAGUCGCAGAGUAUGAGAACGAAUAAUACCUUUAAACCGACUAACAAUAAUAUUUCGAAUAAAGUACCAGCUGACACACAACAGAGUAAUCCCUAUGCUCAACCAAUCAGGGCUUCGAGGUCGCAUUCUACUGGGUCGAGAGAACGGAGGAAAAAGGUAGUCUCAAGCAAAUCGAAUCCAAAAUUAUCACAGCAACCUGGAGCACCUCCGAUACCAGAACCGGAUUACAGCUGCACCGAUUCCGAAGGGGAAAGCGAAAGCGUUCCGAGGAAAACCGAUAGUUUGGCUAGUCGAAUUAAUAGUAUACAGCUUCAAGCUACAGAAAAUAGUGGAAACAGUAACGCAAGUGGAAGUUCCUCGGGGAGCAGCUCGAUACCGCAUAGUUUUAGCGUCGAGGAAAUACAGCGCGGCCGAUCCCUUCUGAAAUCCUCCAAAUCGUACCCAGACGACCUUCUAAAGAAACAAAAAGAAGCGGAUGCUGCUUUAGAAGACGGUGAUAAUAGCUCGUCCGGGGUCAGUUCCGAUCAGGAGAUUAUGCCCUGCGGGAAUACCGAGCUUACCGAACAAAACAGUAUAGUGCACGGCAACAAAAAUCAGCGGGCACAAAUAGGUACACUAAAACGCCACGCAGUGUCUUUGGCGCAACUACCCCCACCCAUCGAAAACGAAACGGACGAAAAAGAAGAGUUUUGCUUGCCGCCGCCCCCGGAGUUUGGCGAGAACAACCCCAAUUUUAGCGACGUCGUGGUGGCACCUCCGCCACAGUUCAGUGAUAACCGGCAGAUUACUAGAGUGCGGAUAGUCGGCGCAGUACCAAAAGGCACAUUAGCAGUCAAUACGCAACCGAAACUGAAACAAAAUCGACUUCACAGUCAGUGAACCUAAAAGGCUGACUCUACACAUCAAUGUCGUUUUUUACAUUACACUUUUUUACGAUUUAAUACUCAAUUUUUGAUAUUCAAUAACAAUUACAUGCAGAGCUUUUAUUAAAAAUCGGUUAUUUAUUUUUAUAUAUACGGCCACUCGUUUCUUUUUAGAUAUAAAAAAAUUGAAUACGCAAACUCAAUAAAAACAGAAUAUUUUGUGUCUACUUAUAAAGUUGUCUUUUUGUUUUCGAGUCAAUUUUUACCUCCACGAUACUUUUUAGUUAUGCUUACUUUUCUUUAUCGUGUCUGCACAUCUCAUUCAUAAAAUUUCGACCCAGCAUAUUCAGGAGUUCCUAGCAUAUAUACUGUUCCUAGUUGUUACUUUCCCUCUCGUUUUUAUGCAAUGUUGUCUGUAGGUGAGGGACCAGUCCAGAGUUACUCCAAGAUAUAUAGGUUG